UCAUACGGUACACUGCAAUUAAAUUGCGAUGUUUGGUAAAAGGGUCAGUAUAACCAUAGGGAGAGCCCAAUCCAAUGUGAAAACAAAGGGCGAUUUCGCUUACUACAAUAAUGAGGAAUGAGACCGAUCUUGAGAGGAAUUGCAGGAAUGGUGUAAUUGAGGUUCGCCGCGUACGGGGUUGCUCGUUUUGGCCCGUAAUUAAUCAGUAGACAGAUGCGUGAGGGCGCGCGCUCUCGGCCUUAUCCUUGUGACGUCUGCUGGCUGUAAAGUUUGCUUUCCGGGGGUAAGUGCAUUGCAUCGGUUCUUCUCGUCUACUGCUGACACUCUCCGCAGAAAUUUCACUACUGGCACUGGCGCCGCGACGCUACGCUACUCCUGUCCGCCUAUUCCUGUAUUCCCGUUUCUCUCUUUGAUGUCUCCCGUCCUCUCCAGUCGUGUUUUAGCUUCGUUUCGUUUCGUUUCAUUCCAGUCCACACGGGACGUUUGGAGUGCCGCGCCUGAAAAAUUCGCGUUCAUUUCAAUGUUCUUAUGUGCACUGAUCCACUUGAACUUUCAUUAGCUCUUAGAAAACCUAGCAAUGUAAACAUUUUGGAGUACUUGAAAAACAAAUUUCUGAACAAUUCAGCAUGCCGAAGUUAUUUUCGAUGCAAGAAUGGGACCACAAUUUGAAGUUUAAGCUGGAUUAUCAGAACUUUCUAGUCUACGAUUUUUAUAAACUCAAUAAUGGAAAUUUCCACGAAAGGAGAUACGAAUCUUAUAAUGAACUAAGUGAAAAUGCAGCCCACUUGCCAUGGAUGAUGGAAGGGCACCCCCAAUGUGGAUAAUUCUAUUUGUCCUGAUAUGUCAACUAUCACUUAUUUGUUCAGUUGGCGGAGUACUCUGUCCUAAUGGGUGCAAAUGUCAAAAUGAGAUACUUAGGGCCAACUGCUCCGGAGCCGGAAUCCAAGUGGUGCCUAUCCAACUCAAUCCAGAGCUUCACGUGAUGGAUUUAUCUGACAACAAGAUUUUACAACUCCAUUAUACCUUUACUUUUUACGAAAAUCUAUAUACGUUGGAUGUGUCGCGAAAUAAAGUGAAGGAUAUUGGGAACGGUAAUUUUAAAACUCAGAAGUUACUUAAAUUUUUAAAUUUAAGCAGCAACUAUAUCGAAUUUUUGGGAAAGGAUGCGUUUGAAGGGCUCGUUCAACUCACAGAACUGGAUUUAAGUAGAAACCAACUAGAAACUAUAGGACCUAGUGCUUUCAAGGAUUUACGUAAUUUAAUUGUUUUGAGAAUAAAUGAUAACCAACUGGAUUUCCUCGAAGAAGGAACAUUCAAAGGAACACCAAAUAUUCAAGCAUUAUACAUAGAUGAUAAUUCGUUUUUGGAAAUACCUAGCGAGUUGUCAGAUUUGACACAUCUUAAGAUAUUAUCGAUAUCCAGAAAUUUAAUUGAAGUGAUAAAAGAUGACGAAAUGCCAAGCUUACUAGAACUACAAACGUUGUUGCUAGAUCAAAACUUGUUAAAAGAAAUUCACCCUAUGGCAUUUACUUCUAUGCCCAAACUUAACUAUUUGGAUUUGAGUGACAAUAAUUUAACAUCAUUACCUACUACACAAUUAUCAAAAUUACCAAAACUUGCCAAUCUAAAACUAAGUGGUAACACGUUCACUCAUUUACCACCAGUUUCAUUCAGAGGCUUAUUUAAUUUAAAAUAUGUUAAACUUACACGGCUAGAAUCAUUAACAGCUAUUGAUGUAAGAGCAUUUGUGGAUAAUAUUAACUUAGAAAAAAUUAGUUUGGACUAUAACUAUAACGUGAAUAAUAUUCCCACUAGAUUAUUUCAUGGGAAUACGAAACUGCGGUACAUAUCUAUUAGAUAUAAUGCAAUAAAAAUAUUAGCUGCCACACAUUUUCCUUUGGAUCAAAUGGAAGAACUCAAGGUUGGUGGGAACCCUUUGGAUUGUAACUGCUCUAUGCUGUGGCUAUGGAAGAUUCUUCAAGAUAAUAAACUGCAAAUUAGAGACAAUGUUAGCCACUAUCGUAAAUCUGUUGUUGAUGAUAAAGCUUCAAAACUGCCAAGUGAAUUGAAGCUAGAUAUCAAUGAUAUAAUAUGUGAAACUCCUCCAAAUCUUCAUAAUAAAAAACUAGUGAGUGCAAGUCAACGAGAAAUCGACUGCAGUAUGAGCUGGUUAGCUAUCUUAUCAGUUACGCUGACCGUUGUAUUUAUUUUAGGUAUUAUUAUAGGAGUUUUAAUUUUUAUGCCAAAGAAAAAAUCAAAUGUCGGUCGCGAUAGACAUUUACCGAAAAUUGUUAAAGGAGGAUAUAAUGCCCCACCACUUCCUCCACCUAGAAAACCAUUACCCAACAAUGACGUAAACCACGUUGAAAGGUUUAUAGUUCCACCUAUUCUAUUACAAAACAGAUCUAUGCCCCUCUGGGAUUCAUAUUCACAACAUUGCAACGGUAAUGGAAACAUUUAUAAGCAAUUAGAUGAUCAGCAGGACAGACCGCAUAUUGUUUACGUCUAAAUAUUUUUAUAAUAGGUAGGGUAAAAUAAGUAUAAUAUAAAAUAUGGGCUAAAUCAAUAAUAAUUAUUUUUUAAAUGUAUUUAUAUCCAUUUUUCGAUAACGCCAAGACUAUAUCUGUAAAAAAAUUAAAGGUAAUAUUAAUGUAAUAAUAUGGAAAUAUAUUAUUGCAUUUGAGAAAUUAUGUUAAUCAGAAUAUUAUUAGUAUAAAAGCAUCGUAUUCUGAGUGAUUCGAUUAUUGAAAAUAAUAAUUUGUGAAUUUAUAAUAAUUUAGGGUAGAGCGGGCAUAAAAAAGACUGAGUAUGUAAUACUGGUUGAAAUAUAAAAAAUUACCAUUAAACUGGGUUAUAGCUUAGCAAUAAUGAUUCAACUCAAACAAAAAUAUUACGUCAUAGAUUAACGUCCCACGUAUGUAUUUUACAAUGUUUUCGUAUAUUGAAAUAAAUUUUAUUGUGAUACUACUAUAUUUAAUCAUAUUAAACGCUUGACUUAAAAAAAAAGUUGAUAAUCUCGAGAAAUUUCAUUUUGAUUUAAGCAUUGGAACUAUUGGUUUCAUUGUGUUGUCUAAUCACGCCAAAAACUGCGUACAGGGUAUUGAUUUAUAAUUUUCUUAUUUCAUGUAGGUAUGGGGCAAAAAUGUAUAGAUCUCUAAAACACGACAAGACAACAACAAGUGAUAAGGAUGUAUUUUUUCGCAAAAAAUAUCUCACCUAUAUGAAUCCCGUACCUAUAUCACCGUAGCAGCACUACUAAAAAAUUUAAAUUGAAAAUGGGGCUGAUACAUCGUUUUGAAGUAUAGGUAUUUUCUGCAUUUUGAUGCUUCUAAUGUCAGAAUAUUUGAAAAAUUUAAAGUUUUCCGUCAUUUUAUGACAAAAUAUUUGUGUUAUAUUUGCAAAUAAGCCAAAUUUUCAAAAUUAUUGUCAAGCCUAAAUAUACUCUUGGACAAAACUAUCGCACCACUGCUUAUGUGAUGCUUAUGUGCAGUGGUGCGAUAAUUUUGUCUAGGAGUAUAUAAAUAUGUUAGACUGAAAAAAAAAUUGUAGCCACGACGAAAACUUUUUUGAGUAUUUAAAAGGGGAAUACCAUUCAUAAUGGAUCACUUUAAUUUAAAAAUGUUCGCACCAAGAGGUAAAGAACUAAGUACCUAUACCCUUCAAUGUGUGUUAUUAUUAUGUGUUACUAACCCAUUCUAAAUAGGAACUUUUGAGGGGGAGUUGAAGUGUAUUUGUUCUGAUUGAAAGUAUCUGUAGCGUGGCGCGACGUUAUUUUGAUUCUUUUCAAACUUCGAGCUGAUAGGAAUGGAACAGACAGGGCACACUGUAAAUAUUUUUUAUUAAAGAAAAAUAUUAGCUCAAAAAUGUGAAGAAAACUGGUACACCGUUAGUUAAGCAUUGGGACUAUCGAGAAAAAUAUGCUUUUGUUUUCUUGUCGAAAUUAACACAAAUUUUUCGAAACUUUAGGAAAAUAAUUCGUUUGUGCUUUAUUUUGUUUAAAGCCUUGAUACUGAUAAUACUGGGUAUUGAAUACGGAAUUGGGUUAGAAGAAGGAAGAAGAGAACUUGGAAGAUAUCAAAUUGUCAAUCAAGUUUACAGUAUUAAAAGACAGAUACAACAUAAAAAGUAGAAUAUGAAUUGGUGAUAUUACAGACAAAAAUCAAAUGCAAUGAGACACUGGAAAAACAAAUGCGAUGCUACCAAUAUAUUGAAGUAGGAUAGAAUUGAACCUAGAUUACUCCUAAUUUUUACCAGAGCGUUGCUUAUAAAAUCCAAAAUUAUGUCAGAUUACAAGACUUAACUAGCUAAUAUCUUUUCAUGUUUGAGAUUAACUGCUAGAAGAGUGUAUAAUGGCUAUCUUAUGAUAUAAUUAAUCUGCAAACAAGAUGAGAAACAAAACUCAAAAGAUUUACACUAAUGGCGAAUUUGUUAUGAUAAAACACAAGAGAUAACUUGAUUGAUAGUAUUGUGUCAUCUCAGACCUAUAGGGAUACCAAAUGUUAGUUUCAAUGUUGAUAUUCACUUUUUAAGUUUCUCUAGGCUCCAUCCGAUAAAUUAUUUGCUUUCUUUCGACCAAUUCCGUAUCAAGUUAAAUUUAUGUCAUCAUAUUAAUACCAGUAGAACGAACCAUCGCCUAAGUCGCCGAAGAAAUCCCUCUUAAGCUUUUAUGCUAAUUUUGAGAUCAUUUAAUUUAGUCGAACUUUAAUGGCUUUAAUUGCUAAAUACCGCCUUAAUAUAAACUCUGGAGGGUUGUAAAAUCGAAACGAUUUACGGCUGGCUCGAAUGCAAAUUAUCAUUUUGGCUUUAAUCGGAAAUUUAAAAAAAAAAAUGGACAGUUUAAACUUUCAUUGGAUUUCCCAGCUCCUUUGUAAAUGGUUGUAUUAGCAGGCUGUCAUCGGAAAACGGUAGAGCCAAAUAAUCUCAAAACUUAUCAUUGGACCCCCUUUUCCUAUUAGAAUGUAAGAGAGGGCUGGCUUAGGCGGCUUAGAGAAAUAUUCUUCCUUGAUGAAAAAGAUGCUUGGAUAUGGCUCGGUUGUUAGAUUUUGUUUAGGAUUUUUGAAUGUUUUUGUAGGAUUGAAGUUUUAAGAUAUUUCCAGCUGUAUAAAUACCUACAUGACAAAAAUAUUUUUUUUUGAACCUGAAAAACAAAAAAACAAAUUAAAGUAAUUACAAAUCGAAGAGAAAAGUAUUAUGUUAUAUUAUUUCGAUAGCCGAAAAAGUCCCACUUGGCGCUUUUUUUCCAAAUUUGCGUAAUAUUUAACAAAUACAUACCUACUUAUAUAACAUUUUUAUUUUUUCAAAUACCAAGUUUCUACAAUGGAAUUUAAUUUCCCAUCUCGUUCGCAUAAACGAAAAACAGCAAAUUCGAUCGAAAAUAACAUAUUAUGUGUACGUCAUUAUAUAAAGGGUACCUAAAUAAUUAAACCAAUAAAAUGGCUUUUUCAUUUAUUUGUUUCCUAAAACAAAACAACCAAAGACACUAUCGUAGAACGAUAAAAAAAAAUAUAUAUGAGGAAGUCAUUAUUUACUUCAUUCAAAGCCAAAAAACCGUCUUCCAUGUUCUAGGGUAUUCUUGGAUAAAAAUAAACUAUUUGUAUUUGCUUUCUUAAUACAUAGCGUUGAGAUUCAUAAAUUAUAAAGUUUUUAAAGUCAACUGGUAGGCAGCAUAGACGAUACUUAUUUAAAAUCUCAGAUUUUGCCUAAUGCAUAAUAGUCCAGACGCGGUAGACUUUUUACUUUCUGCAAAUACCAACGUGUUUGAAUUUUUCUACGUCAUUGACUGAAUCAGAAUCAAUGUGUUUUGUUUACAUGUGAGUACAUUUAUCAGAAAUUAUGGAUUUUACGGAAAAAGGGUGGCGUAGUAGCGUGAAGAUUCGAAAAUUCUUUAUUGAAAAAAUUCUGUACGAUUUUUCCGCUUUAGCUUCUACAUAAUGUCAUGUAUUUCGGGUUCACUUAAACUUACUUCACAAACAGUAACAACUUUUAUAUUAUUUACUAAUUGACUUAUAAAAAUCACCUAUUGAAACGUACACGACAACUAUCGAAUCAAAACUAACUUACUUAAGCUACUAUUAGUACGUGUUAUUUAUAGCAGACAGUGUACUCGGGAUAAUUGCAUUCUCAGAAUCCAGCCGGGCUCCCGAGGCAAUUUCGUAACACUGCCUUACUCUCAAAUCAGAUCGUCCCGAUCUGACACUACCAAGACGCACCACCACCUUUUCUUCGUCUAUAUUUCCACUCAAAUCCUUAAUGAUUUAAUCUCUUCUUUUGCCUGACAUCUCUAUGCCUGUCUAAGUGGGCUGCGAACUGAACGCAGCGCCUUAGACCGCUCGGCCAUCCUGACUUCCCAGAUCUACUCUGAUGUAUGUGUGGCUCUUCUUCCCUUGGAUUGACGUCAUGUAUGGAUACUAGACGAAUGGCUAACUGGUCCUGUUCCCUGUUGAUUGCAAUGCUGAUAACUGCAUUACCUGCGCUUUCAGGAUGGUCACAAAACUCGUAGCACUCCUCUUAAUGGAAAUCGGCAGAGCGGCCGUUUGAAGGAGAACUUUGACCUUCUGGAUCAGCAUUAGUCGUGAUCGACCAAUCUUUUCGUUAGAUUUCGUUGAUCUAUCCGCGGCUCUCCUCAUGUAGAAAGAUGAUUCGAGGUCGAAAUCACUCUCUUCCAGUUGAUCACUUCCCAGCUGUCCGGAACUGCGUUCUGCAUCCGCAUCCAAUCGAAAGCUGCUAACAGGAACUCUUUCUAGCUGCUAGCUGAAGAACUCUGAGGCAGUUCUUGUCUUAAUCUGGGCAUGCUCGGCGUUGCAAUUUCUCAAUCGAAGGUUGACAGUCAUCAGAAGGAGAGCGUGAUCACGUACUCUACAAUCAUGUUUAAAAUAUCCUUUUCUUCCGCAGCGGUAACAUUCGGACCUCUUGUUCAAGUUUCCCAUUGACGGCUGAGAAUCAUUAAAACUAAAGCGAGAUCUCAAACGUACUCUAUAAUCACGCUCAAAAUGUCCCCUUCUUCUGCGCAGCGUUUUAAAGUUUGCCAGUUUGAUUCUCAUAACAGCCUUCCGUAAUUCUUUCAGAAAUUCCUUCAUUAUGGUGCCGUUAAUUUCUGCCAUUGGCUUUUUUUCUUCACGAAUCCACACAGCUCCUAGGAAAUUUUAUAGGCCGCCUCGAUUUCUAGGGCUUUGAUUAGAGCUUCGCAGCUAUUUGAUGGUCUGGUUAUGAGCUGCAUGCUCUGCACGCAUCCAUAUCUCUAAAUAUAAAAUUUGUUGUUUCUCACAUUUCUAUUGCUACUCCCGGAUAGGCCGAAUUGACCAGAUGGCGUAUGUCGGUUUCAAAUUCUUGUAGGCUCUCCGCAGCUUUUUGUUGCCUUGUUCUUAGUUGUACUCGAUAAAGCUACCUUCGGUGUUCAUCUCCAUAACGACGCUCUAACGCAUCGACAAGCGCGCCAUAGUUUUGUUGAAAGCUGGCGGAAGAAUCUCUAAAAGGUCUAACGCAGGACCACGCAAUGCUACAAUCAAACCUGUAGCCAUGAAAUCGGAGCUCCAAUCAUUAGUCAUUGCAACAGUCUCGAAUUGACGUCUGUACAUCGCCCAUGAUGCCUGUCCGUCGUAGGGUGGUGGCUUAACUUUAAUACCAGGUACAGGCGAGGAGGAGAUAUUUCCUGAUCUCAAGUUACAUUCCAACUGUUUGAUUUUUUUCUCAAAACUAUCAAUUUCUUGGCGAAUAAUUCCUGAAGUACGUCGUGACGAACACUCCCAACUUCCUGACGAACAGUUCCAACUUCCAGAUAAACAAUUCAACUUCUUCACGUAUUGCUUCCAUUGCAUUCGUGAAUUUGUUGUCUUGCGCUUCCAGAAUUUUCUCGAGUUUAGUUUGUUCCUCGUAGAUUACGGUGUGAAUCCAUUCUAGCUGAAUUUUCCAGAAGCUGGUCCUGUUCUUCUUGUUGUCGGGCUUCCUCCUCUUGUUUAUCUUUCUGCCUUGGGUCUUCUUUUUCUUGUUUUUAUUUCUGUCUUCGAUCUUUUUUUUUUUGUUUCAAAAGUGCUGCAAGUCGGUCCAGUUCUUCUUAUUUUUCAUUCUGUCUUUGGGGUUGUUAUAGUUGUAAAAGUGCUGCCAGUCGGUCCUAGUCUUUCUGUCUUCGGUCGUAUUCUUCUUGUCUUACGUCGUCCCAAUUCAUCAUAAAGUCCGCCAACAUUUGAUUAACUUGGUCCAUUUGCUGUCGUGUAAUUACCAUAGAAUAUUCUGUAUCUUUCUUGAAACUUGAUUUUGAAUCCAAAGUUCUGUGGCGAAGACAAAUUUCCAACUAGAACAUAAUGGAAUGUUUUAGAAAAAUUACUGUGUGGGCUUGUUUUUUUUUGUUUUGGAUGUUGAAAUCAGUAAUGCGAUGAAGUCACUAUUCUGGCAUCACUCACGGUUUCCAAAUAGCAUUCUUCAGGAGUUCAUAGAAUUUUCCAGAAAAUCCGGAUAUAGAGUCACUAUUUUAGUUCAAUAAAAGUUCAGUGAUUGUUCCCGCACUUAUUAGCUCAAAUUAAUACACCAAUUGUUUUGGUAAUAAUCGCGCUAAUUAGCUCAAAAUAUUCCAAUAGUUAUCUUGCCAAUUAUUUCACUAUCCAGUUCAAUUAAUGCAUCAUUAAUCUUGCUGAUCCUACUAAUUAGCACUAAUCGCACUUCUGACACUGAAUUGUCACGGACUCACUAAAGCUCAUUUCACAAACAGUAACAACUUUUAUUUUAUUUACUAAUUGACUUUAUAUAAAAUUCACUUAUCACUCAUUGAAACGUACAUGACAAAUAUCGAAUCAAAACUGACUUACUUUAGCUACUAUUACGCGUUAUUUAUAGCAAACAAGGUGUACUCGGGAUUAGAAAAACCCGGCGCCCUACUUGAGUAGAAUUCUCCGAAUUGUCUGCGUGAAUCCGGCCGGGCUCCCGAGGCAGUUAUAUGGCGGCAGUAAAUAUACUAUUUUUCGCAUAUAACCUUCAAGGUCGAAUACUAGCCCAUUUUUUUACUUCCUGUAGGCCCAGUCCACAAAUUCUUAAAUAUAUUUUCAAAAUGGGCAGGUCUACUGAAUAAUUAAAAUUCUUCUCCCGCUUUCUUCAUUUUAAUCAUUCACUGCAGGAAUCUGUAAUGCAUUCACAAAAAAAUAAAUUCGACAAUAUAUCAAGAAAUUGGUUGACAGAAGGUGAAGAAUCUAUAUUUAUAUAAUAAUCCCCAAACAUGGCUAGGCUUUGAUUGCUGAGGAAUUAGAUCCUAUGAAAUGUAGAUACAAAAAUAAAUGUGGGAUUCCAUAUUCCUUAUGCUUAUUCUUCUUACUUUUUUCUAUCAAAGAUUGUGGCUCAAUAUGUGGUUGCAGAAAAUUAGACCGUGUAUCAGUUUUAUGACAUCGUCCAGUACAAUGAAUGAUGACUAUUCCACUUUCACUUCGGUGAGAAGAAUAAUUUAAAUUAGGAGUAGAAUCACAAUUAUUUGGUCCACCUGUUUAUUUUCAAAACAAUAUUCAAAAAUUGAAUUUGGCCUACAGUAAGCCACUCGAAGAAAAUACACCUACAUUAUAUUGUACUCGUCUUAAAAGGUGGCGCUGAAAAUAGAAAACUACUAAAUAUAAGCUAUAAAUACAUGAAAACUAACAGUUGUGUGGAAUAUUAGGCGAGUUCGGUUAAUCCUCCGCGAGCGAAAAGAUGACGUGAUCAGUUCUAUUACUUCAAAUGAAAGAUCACCGGAGCUUCUGUCAACAGUGUCAUCUUUUAACUCGCAGAGGAUUAACCUAACUCGCCUAUUAUUCCUUACCUUUUCAGAGAUAGUGAGUGACGUAAAGAAUUUACCAGAAAAAAGAAUAUAUACUGGGGGAAGGUGAAAUAUUAUUAAUUUACACUUAAGGUUACUAAAACUAAAUAUUUCUCAUAUCUUCACUAUAUUAUAUUCAUAUUGCCUAUUUAUACCCCAAUAAUGUGUUCCGCGCCUAGGCUAUAAUGAUAAAAAUGAAAAAUGGAACAGAUGAAUAAUGUAUAAAAAAGAAAUCAGGGAGCUGAAACAGGAAAUAGAACCACCAAAUCUUCUUUAGAUAACAUGUAGAGAAAUGCAAAAAGUAUAAGCAUUUACGGAGUUUUAUAUGUAAUAAUAUUAGAUCAAACAUCAAACCAUUCAAAUACAAUUAGAGAAAAGCUCUUCUAUACGUUAAACCCUAUUUAAUUUUCGAUUACGUUCCAUAAUUAAAUUUUCCCAAUAAAUUAAUGUAAAAAGGGUCGUAAUUUAAUUUUAGUUCAAUGCGCUAAAUUAUUUAUUUCGUUUGCCUUUUAUAGGUAGUUUAAUAAUUUUAGAAUAAUUGCUAUUUCUUAAAUUAUUUUUGAUAUCGGUUUUCACGAUUAAAAUUGUUUUAGCCGUCCAAUUACGCCACAUGUAGAAGAAUUUCAAUUUUCUAUUUUAUAAAUUAAAAAGUAAGUUUAAUACACACAAAAAAAUCGUACAAAUUAAGAGUAAUAUCAAGCUAAUGCACUUUACAUUUAAUACAAUUAUUAUGUUAUAGACAUUUUGCUGUCCAAUUGUUUGUGUAUCGUGGUUGUUUAAAAGUAUAAAUUUUUCAUUAUACAACAAUUUAUGAA